AACAAUCACAAGAACAGUCUCGUUUAUUGAUAUAAAAUGUUAUAGUGUAUUAAUGAUGGUUUAGAGUGAACUUUUAAACUUGAUCAGCUGCAGGUAGCUGUUUGUGGUUCAUUACACUUAAAGGUUUUGUCUGUUAGUUUUGAGUGAUAAAGUAUUGUUUCAUAAUUUGUUCUGAGUGAAUUCCGUUUGAUUGAAUGAACUCUCGCAGUGCUUAUAUUACAAUAGCAAAAUGGUUCAUUUGUGUUUCAGAUGAACAGAUGUUACAGUAAUAACAGAAUAAUACAAACUGAGUUUGUGUUUCAGAUGAACAGUUUGUCACACAUGAGCUCAAAUCUCGAGGAAACUCUUGUGUCGUAUCACCAUCUGAAUGAAUCUGAAUGGAGCAUCGCAAAGAAAUCAAAGGAUGUGACUGUAUGGAGGAAACCGUCGACAGAGUUCAGCGGAUUCCUGUAUAAAACUGAAGGCAUCGUUGCAGAGAAUCCGCACAAGAUAGUGGAGUAUAUCAGACCGGGUCCGUACAGAUUACACUGGGACAGUUUAAUGACUUCAAUGGAGAUUGUACAAACACUAGACAAGGGCUGUUGUGUUGUGAAAUACACCACUGCAGGGCAACUGUGGAACAUCAUUUCACCACGAGAGUUUGUGGAUUUCUCAUACACGACUGACUAUCAGAGCGGCCUGCUGUCAUGCGGUGUGAGUGUCGACCAUGAUGAACACAAACAAGGUUUCGUUCGAGGAUUCAAUCAUCCGUGCGGUUGGUUCUGUGUGCCAAUGGAGAAUUCCCAGAGUUUAUUGAGCGGAUACAUCCAGACUGACCUGCGAGGAAUGUUACCGCAGUCAGCUGUAGAUACGGCGAUGGCCGGCAGUCUCGUCAACUUUUACACUGAUCUCAGACGAGCUCUCAAAGUUUAAACACUUGUCUCUCUGUUUUACCAUGAAAUUCUUAGCCAGCAGGAAAUUAUUCAAAGACUGACUUUUUGUUUUAUUUCUUAUUAACGGUUAGUAACUGAAGUUAUUAACUGAUAUGUACCAUCAGAUCAAAUGAAGAAUGAAGUACUGUUGUAAAUCUAGUCAUUUCUCAGGGAGCAGCUGUUGUCUACGGAGCCUCUUGAGGACAGGGCGGGAUUUUUUUUCUGAAAGAGUUUUGCGUGCCCUCGCGAUAAAUUUACCAUGGUUUUACUAUAGUAACCAUAUUUUAAUGGAAAAUGAAAAAUAUGGUAAUAAAAAUAAUAAUUUUGUGGUUAUGUUAUACCAUAGUGACCACAAGAAUUACCAUGGUUAACCUAUAGUAAAACUAUGUUACUAUAUGGACACUGUAUACUGUAUUAACAGCAUGGUUUCCAACAAAAACAAAACAUGGUUAGCCUACAACAGUCAAGGUUACUGCAAUACUACUAUGCCAAAAACUAUGGUUACUAAAGUCUACAAUAUUAUUAUAGUGAACCAUAAUAACCACAAACUUUAUGAUUUUUAUUACCAUAGUUUUGGUUUUGCUAUAUUAUCACUAUGGUUUCACUAUGAACAUCAUGGUGGCACGCAAAACUAUUUCAGAAAGAAAAUUCCCACUCUGUCCUCUAAGGGGCUCCAUAGUUUUCUUUUUUGCCAUUUUUGUUUUUGGCAUCAAUUUUACUUUUAAGGAGCAAAUAAUUCACAACACGAAAAAACAUUUCAGAAUUAUAUCAGUUCACAGAGGAUGAACUGAUGCCAGCACCAACCAUCAGAUAUGGGAUACUUCACCGGACACUGCCUGAAAUUUGGACUUAAAAUGGACUCCAUCAGAAAUUAAUCUGCCACAAGCUUACAGUCGAACUGCAGUGCACCUUAAUGACCUCUGCCUGCAUCACCUUGGUCAAAGGAUGGACUACACUCUAAUUGCAGCCCUCGUCAGCCAUUACUGUAAAAUAUGGACCUGACUGGAGAUGCAAGUUUUUAGAGUUCGGGUUAGAGCAGUAGGUCUUGCUAAAGUAAUAAAUGCUGCAUUUUCAUUCGCAUCGUCUGACGUUCACAUCUGAUUUAUCUGAGACUGAAACGGAACUGAACACGAGUGUUGAGCUCCAUCACUACAUGAAUCUGUACCAAUUCUGCCAUUUACAUUAUCAUAAUUUAAAGGACAUUGUAAUAUUCCUCACCAGAACUCAACAUAUUUAUUGUUGCAGAUUUUUAUUAAAUUUUUUGCUGAUUUUUGUUUUGUUGCA